UGUUUCAUACCUACAGAAGACAUCAGCCGUACAAGAUGUGGUUCUACCGUCUGAUCGUGCUGACCGCAGUUCUGCAGUGGUGUGCCGGUACAGGGGACGAUCGUACUGACCAAGUUAACCUGUCGCUGUGCAAGAUGUGGAACGAGUGUGUCAAGACAGUUGUUGAAGUCGCUGAAGACAAAGAUGUUGCGGAUCUGCAGACAAUUUGCAAGGACGUGGCACAAAAGUUGAAGAAACGUGACGUUUGGAACUGCGAAUCACUACUGUCUCCCAGUACGAAGAAACAAGCAGCCAACGAUGAGCAGCCGGACCAUCUGAAGCAGCCCCCGUCCAACCCGACUUCCCUGGCCCUUAGUCUCCUCGGGCGAACAAACUACUUUUCCGACUGUUCUGAGAUCCACACGGCAUUGGCCAUGUUAAAUGAUGUGACUAGUGGUGUACACGACAUAAGGCCUGUAGGUCUGACCAGCCCGAUCUCUGUAUACUGUGAUCAGACCACAGAUGGGGGAGGGUGGACGGUCAUACAGAGGAGGUUUGACGGGUCUGUCGACUUUAACCGACCUUAUAACGACUUUGCUCACGGGUUUGGGUUUAUCAAUGACGGGGAGCAAUGGUUGGGGUUGGAGAAUAUGUACUAUUUGACCAGACAGAACGCGUAUGAGUUGUACAUAGAGCUGGAAGAUUGGGAUAGCGUGGUCAAGUACGCCAAGUAUUCGUUAUUUUCGGUGGGGAGUGGUUCUGACUAUCGCCUUUCUGUCAGUGGGUACAGUGGGACCGCUGGGGAUGGGUUCUCAUCAGACUUAUCUAAUCACUACCUAUCGGGUCAGGGCUUCAGUGCUAGGGAUUCAGACCGUGAUGCAUGGUCCGGGUCCUGUGCUGGUGGCCACAGUAACUACGCAGGAGGUUGGUGGUACAAUGGCUGCACUACUUCUGCCCUGAACGGCCCGUACCUCCGUCCCUCCGACCGUACCAGUUACAGUGGCUACGGUAUCUAUUGGAACCCGUUUGGAGGCUCCUAUAGGUUAUAUCUGAAAAAGUCGAAAAUGAUGGUCCGUCCUGCCAACUUCCAACCGUAAGUCCCAGACACUAACCCAGCUGACAGGUCGAGAAUCCAAACCAUCAGCCCGUGCCUCCUCUGUAACCGGAUCCAUUUACUAUGAAAGACUGAAAUUUUUAAUCUUAGAUCGAUUGUUUGGUAAUCUUGGUAGGAGAAAUCUAAUAAAAUACAAAUAUUUUGUUUUCCCAUAAUUUCAGUCAUAUAUAUGAUAUAUAACACACCACUUAAGAAGCUCUUCAACAUCUGAAUUGACAAUUUCAUAUUGAGAUUUCCUUGCUAGACAUAUUCAUAUAACCAGUAAAGUUUUACUUGUGUUAAUUCACAAAGAUUGAAAUGUAACGUUACCAGAAUCCGAAUCACUCUCUAGAACACUUACUUUCCCUAUGUAUGGUACAGGUGGUUUGCCAACA